AUGUCGUCGUCCGACAUUCGGACGAAACCGUUCGCCGUGUCCUUGACUAUCACAAUAGUAGUAGCGUCCGCAUACCUACUUUACCGAACCUAUAGCGCAUCCGUCGCGUCGCCUGCCGCGGGGCUUCGUCGCAGCAAUGCCGUCCGACGCCCGCGCCGACAACAUGCGGAAGCAAAUCUCAAUGCUUUGCAUAGCCAGCAAAGUCAAGAGUCUGAGUCGGACAUACACAACCGUUCUAGAUUGGUAGAAGCCGUCUCUCACCUGGACUCCACGCUUGCGAAUGAUCCUUACGUGUAUGCCGAAUACCAAAAUGAGGAGCUUCUCGGAGGCAUCGAUCCUGCCGCGCUGCCCUCUUUGCAUCUGCAUCCAGCGAACCUGCCCAAUAUAUACCCUGCCGUAUUCCGGCACGGGCCCUCUCUAAACGAUCAGGAGCAAAGAUGGCUGCAGGAUCAUAUAGAUGCUUCCUUCAUUCACGUAUACUUGCGCAGAUUCUUCAAUGAGGGCCAUCAACUCAGCGAUGAUUUGCGAAACGAGCUGGCGGCAGCUUUUGGCUUUCAUGGCAUCGAGUUGAGUCAGGACGUGGUAUAUGCCAUGCUCGAUCGCCUUUCAGCCGGCACGCCAUUGCCUACCUGGCGCUCGUUGAACAUCCAGAUCCGAGCGGCGGAAAUGAUAGCGCAGGCUGAUGGUGUUCGGGACGAUCCUAUGUCACUGGAUGAGCCCCUCAGAGACGCCGACGAAGGCGAAGAUUCGGAUCGUGCACAUAACAUGUUGGAUUUGCUGUACAAUAUCGCCCGAAAGCAAGCAGAUCGCCAUGGCAUUGUCCAUCGCGGCGUUGAGUGCAACAGCUGUGGCGUUUGUCCCAUCCAGGGUGUUCGUUAUCAUUGCACCAAUUGCUUCGACUUCGACCUCUGCGAGGCCUGCGAGUCCAAAGAUGUUCAUCUGAAGACACAUGUCUUUCUGAAGAUCACAAUUCCAGCGCCCUCGCGAGGUCAGAUCAAGAGUGUCGUUCCAUCCUGGUACCCAGGCAAGCCAAACGCGUUCUCUCCCAUGGUGCCACUUGCGCUGCUGGACAAGCUGAAGGAGGAUACUGGUCUAGAUCAACCGGACAUUCAGGGUCUUUACGAACAGUUCAGAUGCCUUGCUGGCUGCCACUUCCCGUCCGAUCCAGCCGAGCUCGGAACAGUGAUUGACAGGAAAGCUUUCGAAAAGUACAUGAUUCCGUCGUACUUGGACAAACCAACUCCUGCCAACCUUAUCUAUGAACGCAUAUUCGCUUUCUACGACACAAACGACGACAAACACAUUGACUUCCUCGAGUUCGUCAGGGGCCUGACAAAGCUUAACGACAAAUCCUUCGCAGCCAAAAUUACUCGAAUCUUCCGUGGACAUGACCUCGACGGCGACGGCUAUGUGAGCAGAAAGGACUUUCUUCGCAUGUUGCGUGCUUACUAUGACCUGAACACUCAGUUCAAUCGCGAAAUGCUCUACAGAAAUGAGGAGCUAGACCUUGCGGACGACAUCCGUGACGUCGUUCAGAGCAACCAUCCAAUCAGCUCGGCAUUUGGAGGUAUCAACUUCCCAGGCCAUGUGUCAAGAGCUGGUCAAGACAAGCGACAGCUUUCGCACGGUGAUCUCGGCAUCAUACAAGGUCCGAAUGGUGUGCUCCUGGACGAUGUCGACAUGCAGAGCCAUCGCCACAAAGCAAUUGCAAUGGUCCCGUAUGAGGCAAGAGAAAGACACCCGUUUCGAUCUUUCCGAGAAUACACACCACAAGACGAUCCUGUCAUGAAUGCUCCGUUCACCAGAAGAAUGGGCGAAUUCUUGUCGAUAACGAACGCUCAUGACGCCACAGAGGAUGAGCUUAGUGGACCUGAUCGACCCCUGCAAACCUACGGUUGGCCACCAGUAGUUCCACCGGAACCCGAGGACAUCAUCAAUGCGCUUGGUGUUGACAUUCCGAUUGAUCAGAUUGACGACCCUGUGGAUCGAUCCAGAGUCAUUUACGCGCAAUCUCAGCGCUUUGACGAGGAGUACGCAGAGCGUCGUGACAACGCCAGGCAAAGGGUGCUCCACGACAGAUGGGAGCGACGACAAUUCUAUCUUGAUCAAGAGGAAGGCAUGACCAGGCCAGCAGCGUAUGUCGAGUCGGACAGCUCGGAAGACGAAUUGGAGCCGGAGCAUGAACCUAUUGACAGUUCGAGAGGCCAGUCAAUGCGCUCACGGUCUUCGUCCAAAGUGAGAUUCGAUGACAGUGCUAUUGACACUGAUUAUGAAACACGAUCGAAUGCAUCCUCACGCAGCGUUCCACAGAAUGAACGAUGGGGAGGAUUUGAACUGAGCAGACCGACUUUGGACAUUGGAGCCGAUGUGCUAUAUGAGGCUGUGCAGCAAGGCUUCAACGAACUCAUCGACUGCAUAUUCAAGGAGAAAGAGGACAAGGCUAUCGAGGCUCAGCGGACACGCAAGCAACGCGAGACGUGGGAGAAGUUGCUGGACGAGUAUGCCGAAAAUCGGAACGUUGAUGACGAGCAGAAGAACGAAGCACUUCUCAAAGCCGACAGUCUUCGGACGGAAGAGCUGCUGAACGGCGGACCGCGAUCACCGGCGUUCGAGUUCACGAUCACGGGUGACGAGGCGAAUGAGAACCCGCAGGCGGUCAUGCUUAUGCGGGAAGAGCUCAGUCGCGUUCUCAAUGCGGUGACUCAGCCGCCAAAGAGUCGAACGCCCUCGGCCACCCGGCAAGCUGCCGACUAUCGGGAUCCCACGCUUCCGCAGUUUCGACCAAAUGAUGCUGGCGAAGCUCCCAGAGAUGUGCCGACGGAUGAGGAGCUGCAGCCAUCACCGAAAACGCUGGCGUUGUGGUUGAAGCACCGAGAAAUCGAAAGCGAGGCUGAGAGCAGAGGUGGCUUUGGUUUGUUGAAUCUAAUGGAGUUUCGCAAGAUCGUGGAAGUCGUUCUUGAGCAGGAGACUGACGAACUGCACAGUCAUGGAGCCACAGCUCGAGCCGGUGAAGGAGCGGCAGGUCAGCCCUCGAGUGCCGAGAAUGCUGAUACUGUUGGUCCCGGGGGCAAUGCUGUAGCGCCUGAGCAUGCAGUGAAGGAAUGGAGCAGGAACUUUGACCUGGGCAAGCUCAGCUUUCUCGGGACAUGGAUAGAGAUGGCAGGCCUCUGA